UAAUAAUUGAAUCUUUCAAAAAAAUAAAAAUAAAUAAUAAUUGAAUAUAAAUUUGCACAAAAUGUGUAAAGAAAGAAAAAUAAAAAGGAAAAAUCUGGUAAAAAGAUUAAAAUGAAAUGAAGGUAUAAGAAAGAGGAAUGGGUUGAUUAAAGAGAAUCUGGAAAGUGGAUCAUUCUUGCUCCGUCUUCCUAAAAUGGCUACGAGUACGACAGUGCAUCCGGUUGUAAGCUCAAGCAUACUUUCACUAAGGCCUUCUUCUUCUUCUUCUCAAGGACUGCCACCCUGCAAAUCUUUGUUUCUCGGUUAUGGUGUUGAGGCAUUAAAAGUCCCUAGGCUACGUAUAGCUCACUCGACUAGAUUUAGGCGUAAUUGUCAUGGUGGGGGUGGUGCUCUUGGUUCUCAGAUGAAUCUCUUUAGUCGAUUUGCUAGAGUUAUCAAGUCAUAUGCUAAUGCGAUCUUAAGCUCGUUCGAAGACCCUGAGAAGAUUUUGGACCAAGCUGUUACUGAUAUGAACAAUGAUUUAAUAAAGAUGCGUCAAGCUACUGCACAAGUUUUGGCAUCUCAAAAGCAGUUAGAGAACAAAUAUAAAUCUGCCCAGCAAGCCUCUGAAGAUUGGUACAGACGGGCACAACUGGCUCUUGGAAAAGGAGAUGAGGAUCUUGCCAGGGAAGCUCUUAAGCGUCGGAAAUCAUAUGCUGACAAUGCUAAUACUUUGAAGACUCAGCUUGAUCAGCAGAAAAGUGUUGUUGAUAAUCUCGUCUCUAACACAAGGCUUUUAGAGAGCAAGAUACAGGAGGCAAGGUCGAAGAAAGAUGUUCUCAAGGCUCGAGCUCAGUCUGCAAAGACAUCAACUAAAGUGAGUGAAUUGUUGGGUGAUGUGGACACAAGUAGCGCUCUCGAUGCUUUCAACAAAAUGGAAGAAAAAGUUCUGACCAUGGAGUCUCAAGCUGAAGCUUAUAGCCAAUUAGCAACCGAUGAUCUUGAGGGAAAGUUCCGUUUGCUAGAGGGCUCUUCUGUUGAUGGUGAUCUUGAAGACUUAAAAAAGGAACUCUCUGGGAGCUCAAAGAAAGUGGAGCUUCCACCUGGGAGAACUGCCAUCCCCAUAAACACCGUGCUUCCUUUACGCGACUCGGAUAUUGAGAAGGAGUUGAAUGAACUCAGAAGAAAAGCAAAGGACUUCUAGAGUCCAGAUAUUCUCUGCUAAUGCAUUCAUUCCUUCCCCCACGCCAAAAAGUUUUGAAUAUAUAGUAGUAUACAAUAAAAUUCUAUAGAAGGUUUGUUUUAUUUACUAAUAUAUAUAUAUGAUGUAUUUGCAUAGUGAACAGUAGGCAAUUUCAUUGAAAUCAUGUACAUUAGCUCAUAAUAAACAUAAUUGUUAAGCAACAAUAAUCAAUGCUAUUUACAUUUUUGCAUGAA